CUGGCUGGGAGCUGUCACCCUGGUGGUGGCAUCAGGCUACUGUCAGGCAGGAGACCCCAGGGCCUUCGCCACCACCCACGUUGUCCAUGGAUUUUGUUGCUGGAGCCAUCGGAGGCGUCUGUGGUGUUGCUGUAGGUUACCCCCUGGACACGGUGAAGGUCAGGAUCCAGACGGAGCCCAAGUACACAGCCAUCUGGUGCUGUGUCCGGGACAUGUACCGCCGAGAGCGGGUAUGGGGCUUCUACAGGGGCCUCUCGCUGCCCGUGUGCACGGUGUCCCUCGUGUCCUCCGUGUCUUUCGGCACUUUCCACCACUGCCUGUCACACAUCUGCCGUUUCCGGUAUGGCAGUGCCGAUGCCAAGCCCGCCAGGACUGACAUCACGCUCUCGGGAUUCGCCUCUGGCCUCGUCCGUGUGUUCCUGACGUCGCCCACCGAGGUGGCCAAGGUCCGCCUGCAGACGCAGACGCAGCAGCGGCGAUCCUCGGCCUCGUGGCCCUCGGCUGUGACCCCCCAGUGUCCCGCGCUCCCUGCUAGUCCAGUGCCUGGGCCCAAGUACCGAGGGCCGCUGCACUGCCUGACCACGGUGGCCCGUGAGGAGGGACUGCGGGGCCUCUACAAGGGCAGCUCGGCCUUGCUCUUCAGGGACAGCCACUCCUUUGCCACCUACUUCCUCUCUUACUCCAUCCUCUGCGAGUGGCUCACCCCCACUGGCCACAGCCAGCCAGACGUCUUGGGUGUGCUGCUGGCCGGUGGCUGUGCAGGGGUCUUGGCCUGGGCCGUGGCCACCCCCAUGGACGUGAUCAAGUCGCGCCUGCAGGCGGACGGGCAGGGCCAGCGGCGCUACCGGGGCCUCCUGCACUGUGUGGUGACCAGUGUCCGGGAGGAGGGGCCGAGGGUCCUCUUCAAGGGACUGGUGCUCAACUGCUGCCGUGCCUUCCCCGUCAACAUGGUGGUCUUUGUCACCUAUGAAGCCGCGCUGAGGCUCUCCCGGGGCCUGCUCAAGUAGUUGGUCCCACGCCCCGGGGGCCAGCCUGCUAGCAGCUUCCAGAGGUCAUGCGUAGUAGCUAGAGGAGGCAAAGGGGACUGUCCCACCCGAGCUGUCACCCAGGACAGCCGGGAGCCUCUCCGCAGCCAGUCAGCCAGAGCUUGGGCUUCGCCGGCCCAACUGCAGACCAGAAAAGGUCAAGGAGCCCCGCUGUUACCAGCCUGGGGUUGGCCCGAGUGUCACAUGAGCCAGGGAGGCCUCUUGGAUGAGGACAUUGUCACAUGGACUCAUUGGUGCAGGUGGUCAGUCAUCAUUCCAGCCUCCCCGGGGCCUCCCCCUGUCACCCCAACCACCAUCCAUUUACUCAGCUGUCCGCUGCCCCCACACCCCACUCAUCUCUCCAUUGCUAUUUAGUGCGCUCUUCAUGCAUUGUCCCUCAGACACAGCCCAGUUGAUGCCCACCAGAUGGGACUGAGGGGCAGCUGUCUGGUUCCAUGCCUGCUCGUUCUGGCACCAGGCUGCUCAGAGAGGCACUGCUGGUCCAGCUCUGCGGGCUGGCACACAGGCGUGUAACGCACCCUCACUCUGCCUGUAGACUCUGUGGGGGUUAGUUUCUGAUUAAACGUUUCUGAGGAUGUUCA